GUUAGCUAUAAUAACUCUCGCAGGAGUGAUACUGACAGGCUGCUGCAUUUAAAAAAACACUUUCCUGCUUGAUUUCUUCAAGGUUUGAAUAAUUGAACUUGCAGAACAAGCGGUCUUUGAGAGUGUCGAUGGGAGGAGUCGCCUGAGGCCCAACAGAGCGUCUCUGAAUUACCCAUACUGCCCCACAGAGGGGCCGUUCAGAGACCCGUCCCGCCGGCACAAGACAAACAUGCAGGAUAAACAUCUCUGAGCCGAACCUUCACCUGAGCAGAAACAAAAAGAAGACAUGAUCUGACAUCAAGAGUUCUCAAGCAAUGGAUGAAAUCACCUGAUGCUGAAACGGUUCUUCAUUAAUUCUAAGUCCAAAACUGCAGAAGUCUGUAUCGAAUCGUGUCGCACAGCUGCUGAUUGAAGCGGUCAGUCAUGUUGAAGAGACCCGUCAGGCCGGUCAUCACCGCUGCGCUGCUGCUCUGCUUCGCUCUGCUGCUGUACCGUCUGUCCUGCGGGACUCGAACCCGGACCCGCUCAGAGAGGCCCGCGGGUGAAGACGCGUAUGAGGCUUUACUGCAGCAGCACGAGCGGCAGUAUCUGCUCUACACCGCCAACCUCACCAAACAAAUCUGGCAGCUGAAAAAAGACCUGCAGGAGAGGUCAGUGAUCUUCCCGCCGGACCCUGAGGAAAGAAGCCGCUCAGAGCUGGAAGAGUUCAUGCGGAACCGGCUGAGACGGGCCGAGGUCGGCUCAGGAGAACACCUGCAGAACGAGUUCGCAGUGCUGCCGUUCGACAGCUUCACCCUCCACAGGGUUUAUCAGCUGGAGACCGGCCUCACGGGACACCCUGAGGAAACACCGCUCCGUCCGGACCGCAGGAACGAGCUGAACGGAGCGCUAGAAGCGGCGCUGCAUCUGCUGAACCAACCGCAGGCUGGAGACUCGCGGAACCGGAGGACUUACUCUCCACAACACUUCCAUGAAGGAAUCUUUCGCACCGAGAGGGAUAAAGGAACGUUGUAUGAUCUUGUCUUCAGAGAAAACAGCGUUCCAGACUUCAGGAGACUCGUCUUCUUCCGUCCGUUUGCACCACUGAUGAAGGUCAAAGAGGAACUCAUGGACACGUCCCAGAUCCUCAUCAAUAUAAUCGUGCCGCUGGCCGGGAGAGUGGACGCCUUCAGACAAUUCAUGCACCGUUUCAGUGAAGUUUGCAUCGGUCAGGAUGGAAGGACGCAUCUCACCGUCGUGUUCUUUGGGUCAGAGAAGAUGGAUGAAGUGAAAGGAAUUCUGGAUGUAAUAUCAAGGAGAAUGAAGUACAGGAACGUGACUCUGAUCCGUCUGAACGAAGCGUUCUCCAGAGCUCGAGGGCUGGACGUCGGCGCUCGCGCCUGGAAGCAGAGCGACGUCCUGCUGUUCUUCUGUGAUGUGAACGUUCACUUCACCGCAGACUUCCUGAACUCCUGCCGCAUGAACGCACAGCCAGGUAAAAAGGUGUUUUAUCCAGUGAUGUUCAGCCAGUAUAAUCCAGAGAUCAUCUAUGGUCAACAUCUCCCUUCUGCUGAAGAUCAGCUGGUGAUCAGGAAAGAUUUUGGAUUCUGGAAGGACUUUGAUUUUGGGAUGACGUGCCAGUACAGAUCAGACUUCAUGAACAUCGGUGGAUUUGACGCGUCUGUGGAAGGAAGCGCUACAGCAGACGUGCGUCUCUACAGGAAGUUCCUGCGCAGCAGUCUGCUGGUGGUUCGAGCGCCGUCGCGUGGCCUGUUUCACGUGUGGCAUCAGACUCUCUGUCAUGCUCAUUUAUCCACAGAGACUUUUAAACUGUGUUUGCAGUCUAAAGCUCUGAACGAAGCGUCUCACAGUCAGCUGGGACUGAUGAUCUUCCACCAGCAGAUCAACAAUCAUCUGCACAAAUACAACCAGCACAAUAUAAAGUCAUGAGGAACAGCUCUGAGAACUAUCCAAAGACAGUUAUGUGCUUAUAUUGAUAUAGACCCAACUAUCGUUCUUUCAACGUUCUCUCAAAGUUAUGAACAAACGUUCCUCCAGUAACAUUAAUAGAACGUUCGUUCAAAGUUAUCUGGUCUUUAAUAAUGUUCUCAAAACAUUGGUACAAAUGUUAUUUAUCCUUCAGUCAUGGAACGUUUUUUUAGUUGGAUGUUUGUUUUUUAAACGUUCAGAUGGUUCAGAAAACAUUUAAAAGUAUCCCGUAAUAUUUGCAAAACGAUAAAAUAGAGAAAACAUUCCCUUAAUGUUUUCUCUAACGUUUUUAAAACAUUCAAAAACCUAGAUGUUUUGAACGUUCUGCAAACAUUCAGAAAUUAUGUUUUCGUAAUUUAAGGGGAACAUUAGCAAAUUGUUCUUAGAACAAAUUUCUGUUAGAUACAGGGAAGUGCUUUUGGGUGAACUGAAUUAUUGCAACAUUGAUUCUGUCAUUUCCCUUUUUAUUAAUGUGAAGCUGCUUUAAAACAAAACAAUCUGUAUUGCAUAAUGUGCUGUUUAAAUAAAUCUGACUGUGUGUAUUAUAUAUGUAUGU